ACAUGCUGGGUGCCCGCCUGGAGUUGGAGGGAGAUGCAGCCCUGUCCAAUGAUGCCUGCCUCUGCUAUAUCUCAUCAGGCAAUGUGGAGAGGUUGGUGGAAUGCUGGGUAAAAAACCAUGAGACCUCAUCACCCCUUGCCCUGCAGGAUCUCAUAGAGAAGGUGAUGGUGCUGAGCAGGUCCAUUGAGAUGCUCCGAGGCACAGCAGGACCAGCGCCAGGCCCUGUCUUGGCAGAACGAAUCACCCAAUAUGCCAAUCUCCUGGCAUCACAAGGUUGCUUGGCAGCAGCAAUGAAUUACCUACCCAGCAGCUCUAAAGAGCUCCUGAUCGAACAGCUCCGGGACCGGCUUUUCCAUGCUCAAGGAGAGAAUGUGGGUGAUCAGCAGCCACCCCCUUUUCCCUACGCUCGUGUCAAUGUAGGUGUCAUUAAACACACAUCUCCAGCAGCCAAGGGUGGUCCCACCCCUGAAGGAGCAACCCACAAAAUAGGUCCCAGACAUCCAGAGAAGCCCAACUAUCAGUCAUCAUUUGCCCCUUCAGCACCUUCUCAGCCUUCAGUGCCUUCCCUCUUCACACCUCAGCCAGUGCCAGCAAUGUCUGUGACACCUCACCACGUUGCCCCUCCCCAGGCCAGCACGGGUCCACAAACAAGUGUCUAUUCCAGAGGGCCCCCAUACCCACAGUACAACUUGGGCUUGGUUCCAACAAGUGUUUCAGGGCCAGCUGUCUCACAUUCUCAGCCAUUUGGACCAGCGGGAGUCAGACCUGUUGGUCCUGCUCCAUUCCCCAACCAGCCUUCUCUGCCAGGACAGCCCAUGCCCAUGCCCAUGACAACUACUGGUGUUCCGCCACCUGGACCUGCCCUCUUCACUCCAGCCUCAGUCCCAUCAUCUCAGCUUCCUGCAGCUUGUCCUCUCCCUGUGGCAAGCCAAUCUCCUCUAGGCUUCUCUUCAGCACCUUUCAACUGCCCUAUGAACAUGGGUUACCCUCAGGGAGGUCCUGGAGCUCCAUCUACAAAGCCCCUGCCAGCAGCCAGCAUUCCUCCUCCUCCCACAGGUUUCUUCCCUUGGCUAGGUCCCCACGUGGAUCAUGCAGCUCAGGAGUCUUGGACUGAUCCCUCUGCUGUGAGGGGAGGCCUUCAAAAGAAAAAGUUACCUGAGAAAUUUACUCCUCCAGCCCCCAUCACAGCUCCAGUAAUGAGCCUGCGGGCUGAGCCCCAAGGGAUCCAUCCACAGCUGUCCAGGUUGCACGAAUCUGGCCAGUCACCCCCAGGAGCACCCAAGGAAGGCAGCCUGCAGUAUCACCAGCUACCUGUGGAGAGAGUUGAGAGGAAGGAGGUGCCCCCUGAGCACCAGGCUCUGAAGACCACAUUUGAAGGGUUGGUGCAACGCUGCUCUGCUGUCACCACUGAUCCAAAAACUCGAAGGAAGCUGGAGGACACAUUACAGCGGCUGGAGUGUUUGUAUGAGAAGCUCCGUGAGCAGGCGCUCUCUCCAACCAUCCUCAUGGGUCUCCAUGAAAUUGCCCGCUGCAUUGAGGCUAGGAACUACCAACAGGGUCUCCUGGUUCACACCCAAGUGGUGAGCAGCAGCAGUUUCAGUGAGGUGUCUGGUUUCAUGCCCAUCCUGAAAGUCCUCAUGACCAUUGCUGGCAAGCUGAAUGUGUGAAGCAUGGAGCAGCUGGAACAGUGCAAGCUGAGAGCUGAUGGACUCCCUCACCUGUUACUGUGCUGCAGGUUAUGGACUCUCCUGCUGACUGUGGAGAAAUAAGUCUGUGCCAGUGCCUGGACCUGUGCUGGGCCAGUGCGACUGGACCCGUCUGCUCUCCCAACAACCAGCUGGGGCUUGGGACUCCUGGAGACUGUUCUUUUCUCUCUUCUUUCUCAGUAGUCUGAGGCUGCUUCCCAGCCCAGGGAUCUCAGUUUCAGGCUGUCCAGGUUGCACAGAGAUCCUCCAUCUUCCCUGUUUCCCUGGCACAAAGGGGAAACUCCUUCCCACCUAGGCUGAUGUUACUUGCUUUUUUUUUUUUUUUUUUUUAGGGGACAAACAG